AUGGCUCGAGUCCCUUGGAUGGAUCUGGUUAGCAGGAUGCUCAUACUUAGCCUCUUCGUGGGAGUACCUCUCUCAAUGGAAGUGGAGUCAGAUGAGGAAGCACCAUCAGAUUGGAAGCUGUGGAAGAGAGCUAAUGGAGUGGACUAUGAAGAAGAGAACGAUGAUCAUGCAAGAAGAGACAUUUGGGAGAAAAACAAAAACCUAAUUGAGGAUAACAAUAGAAAAUAUCAAACGGGCACAUCAGGGUUUACUAUGGCAAUGAACAAAUUCGGAGACCUGACUCGCUUGGAGUAUCAACAUUUACUGGGAGCCAAGGUAGAUCCAAAUGGACGCAAAAAGGAAAAGACUGAUAAAGCAGAAAAACUACGCUACCAUGCUAAGAAACUACGGCAGACUACUGUAGAUUACAGACAGAUGGGAUAUGUCACAGAGGUUAAAGACCAGGGCUACUGUGGAUCAUGUUGGGCUUUCAGCUCUACAGGUGCCAUAGAGGGACAAAUGUUCAAGAAGACAGGUCAGCUGGUGUCUCUAAGUGAGCAGAAUUUGUUGGACUGCUCAUGGUCCUAUGGCACAUACGGCUGUAAUGGAGGUUGGAUGUCCAGGGCUUUUGAUUAUGUCCUUAACAAUGGGCUUCAAGCCUCUGAAACAUACCCUUAUACCUCAGUGGACACACAGCCCUGCUUCUAUGACAGCAACAAAGUUGUGGCACAAAUCAGCGACUACAGGUUCAUUCCCUCAGGAGAUGAACAGGCUUUGGCUGAUGCUUUGACAACUGUUGGUCCAAUCUCUGUAGCGGUUGAUGCUGACCACCCUAGCUUUAUGUUUUAUAGCUCAGGGAUCUAUGAUGAGCCCAUGUGUAAUCCAAGCAACCUGAGCCAUGCAAUGCUUCUGGUUGGCUAUGGCUCAGAGGGUGGCAGAAACUACUGGAUCCUUAAAAACAGCUGGGGCACCGGUUGGGGAGAAGGAGGAUACAUGCGCAUGAUCCGAAAAGGCAGCAACACCUGCGGCAUUGCUAGCUACGCUCUCUAUCCCAUUGCAUAAAAUCUUUUUGUAUCUCUC